CUCUCUACUCUUCUGCUCUCCCCCAGUACGGAGAUCAGUUCAGCCAUCACACCAGUCCAUAACUAUUUCGACGCAUCUCCAGGCACAGUAUGACGGAGUGUGCCCAGUGGUGCAGCAUGUGAUGAUCCACGCCCGGAACGAAGGUUCCCUCAGCCAGAGCCGCAGCACAGGGAGGCGGGAACACUGCCCCCAUAGGCCACAUGGUGAGACCAUGGGCGGGGCAUGGCUUGAGCGCUCGCUGCGAUUCGGCAGGACCUUGAAGAAGUGUAGGACCAAGCGAGGAAGGAGAGGGGUUAAAGAGAUGCGGGAGAAGACGCCGGAACGGAAUAGGCGGCGGGGCAGGAAAUCAUAUCCCUUACGAGGAAGGGGAGGGUCUUCGGAGGAAGAGGGACUUAGCUGUCACGUUUUACUCACGCGGUUGGAGGAGGACAUCCAGGAGCAGGAGGACACCAAUGAGAGGGGGAAUGAUUCGCCUACCCAACCGCCCGUCAAACCUGAAUCCCCGAUCAAUAAACUGGGCAAAGGAAAAGGUGAAGCCAAGGGGAAACUCCUCGCGAAGAAGAUGAUUCGCAAAAUGAUAUCCAAAACCACCAGUGAUGUGCAGGAGUCGCCGUUUCCAGAGCCGCGUAAGCGACGUCUAGCUUCUCUCAACGCUGAGGCGGUGAACAGUCUGCUGUUGGAGAGACCCAACGAGACCCAGCCGGCUGGCAAACAGGCCAGGAGAGAGCAGGAGGAGCCCUCCAGCGGUGAGUCAACCCUGGGGACAGAACCAGCUAGUGGCGGGGUGGCCGGAGGUCCUAAAGCUCAAAGAGCCAGCAGCAGCAAGGCCUCCAUAUUGCACAAGCCUGAACUGUGCCGACGCUCCAAAAAGGCCAAGAAAGUCUCCAAGAAACGGACCAAACCAGAUAAAGGAAAGAAGAAAGAGACUGCGAUGAUGACUCUACAGAUGUUACACACCCCUGCUCCUCGACGGCUAGCCGGACUCAACGCUGCCGCGCUGCUAAAGUUAACGAGCACCUCCGCAACUAGCAAACAGCGAGUGAAACCAACAUCGACUACGACGACCGACUGCAAGACCACGAGCGCCGCAUCAGUUGAUGUGAAGCAGAAGCAACCGCGACUGAAUCUUAAACAGUGUGGCCGCCAGCCUAAGCAGAAGGGAAGGAAGUCGAUUCCAGAACAGGGAGGCUGCAAGAAGUCCAACUUUGAGCCCAAAGGGGAGUGGGAGUCUGGAGGUUGCACCCACAGGCUAACCAAACCAGGCUACCAGUCGCGCAGUAUGCUAGCCUACCCGCUGAAGCCUGUCGUCAAAGAGGAGCAGGUUGAGGCAGAGCUGAGACCGUACUACUGCUGCCCCCCAGAGGGUUCUGUGGAGUACUGCCACCGCCUAGCAUUGUUCCUGGGUCAGAAGGCCUAUGCUGACUCAGAAGAACGACCUUUAAACGCUGCAAUGACCCCUAUGAAGCGGGAGUGCCUGGUGACAUCGCCCUCCGUGGCCCACCCCCAUUCCCAUGCAGCCCUGACCCUCAGCCCCCACCCUUGCCUCUGCACCGCCGACCCCGCCUGCUUCUCCAGCUACUACGUCCACAUCGCACACCCCGGAGCUCCGUCGACCACCCUCAGCUCGAGACCUCUGAACUUUGGCACUUCGACAAUGUGUCCCGGCAUGGUGUCUGGGUCCAAGCUGCUGGGUCCUCCGGUGUCCCAUGCCUCGACACUGGCCCACCCUGCUUUCUGUGGCUCAGUGGGCUCGCCCUACUACAGCAAGGCCUGCCGUGUCAGCGGCUACACCUACAGAGCCAUGCAGCCGGUCAACAGCAGGGGGUGCUCUUUCUCCACAGGCUGUUCCGGGUUUACACACGGCCUCAAGACAGAGGGUUACUCCUCCCCCAAAGGCGACCACAGCCCCUCCCUCCUGGUCUCCCCCUCCCUCCCACUCUCUGGCUGCCCCCUCCACACCACCCCCUCCUCCACCCAGGCCAAGCCCCAUCUCCUCACCCCCCUGUCUGACCGCAGAGUGCCCCAUGCUAGACUGAAGCUGGCCAGGGAGUGCCCUCAGAGCACCAAGCCACCUAACGGUUAUCUGUCCAUGGGGAGAACCAGGCUGUCGCAGAAACAGCCAGCCCCGACACCCUGCCUGUCCCCAGCCAAGCAGAAGAGGGUCAGCCACCGACGGGCCACCAAUGGGUGGCUGCCUGUAGGAGUGCCCACGGAGAAAGAAGUGUUCAUUGCGGGGGAGGAUGAGAUGGCUUUGCGGCAGUGUUAUGAAGGAGUACAGAGAGACAGUGAAGUAAUACGUGUCAGAGACACAGUGCUGCUGCGCUCCGGUCCCCGGAAGAAGUCCCUGCCCUACGUCGCCAAGAUAUCGGCGCUCUGGGAGGAUCCCAAAUCUGGAGAGCUGAUGAUGAGCCUGUUCUGGUACUAUCGACCUGAACACACACAGGGAGGGCAAGACUCCAGUAUGCACUGUGAGAAAGAGAUUUUUGCCUCUCGGCAUCAAGACGAGAACAGUGUGGCCUGCAUCGAAGAUAGAUGCUAUGUUCUCCCACUAGCACAAUACUGUAGAUUUUGUGCCUUGGUGAAGCGGCGUGAAGAGGGUGCGCCCCCUGGCACUGCCAGAGUGGUCCCCUGCACCUCGGACUUCAACCCCCCCGACCACCGCCAGGUUCCUGCCAACAUCAACCCUGAACUAGUGUACCUCUGCCGCCACGUCUACGACUUCCGCUACGGACGCAUCCUCAAGAACCUGCAGUAGGGGGCAGCAGAGGACACGCAAACACACCCACACACACCCCUAGUGGAGCAAACACACUCCUACACAUGGGGCUGAAGGAUGAGAGGGGGAACCCCUGAAGUGUUUGACCCUUGACCCCUGAUAGGCACUCGGGUCAGCUGGAGGGAGGCUGAAGGAUCAAGUAUCGAAGGGGGACCACUGAUAUCUGAGUGGGUACCUUAGCCCCCUUUACAACUGUAGCUAGGGAGCGGAAGUUUUCGCUCCCUCAACUGGAGAACUAUACCGGCAUGGAGAAGGGAGAGGUGGAUUCUUUCACAGAGAUCUGUUCCUCCACACCACUUAAAGAGUUAAUGGUCCUGGUCCCCAUGUCCCGCUAUACAAUGUGCAUCAACAGCCGUGUUGGUGACCUAACAAGAAGAGGAGCUGUUAUAGCAGAGUGACACUGGGCUUAUCACGUCAUUGUUUUGAUGUUAGAGCCUGACGUAAUGACAACGUUCUUCUUCAUUUGUGUUUGUCUCUGAGGCAGCUGUGAUCGUGAGGGCACACACACACUGAGGUUUUAUAUUUGUGACGUAGUGGGUGGGUGUGUGUUCAGUCUGGGCUGCAGUGAAACCACAGGUGCAGGUUCACAAAGGAUUGCAGUGUUUCCCCUAUAUUUCCCCUGUGAUAAAUCGUGGCCGCCAAGAAAGUAUAUAAACUGCCAGUCAAAAGUUUGGACACACCUACUCAUUCAAGGGUUUUUCUUUAUUUGUACUAUUUUCUACAUUGUAGAAUAAUAGUGAAUACAUCAUAACAAUGAAAUAACACAUGGAAUCAUGUAGUAACCAAAAAAGUGUUUAACAAAUCAAAAUAUAUUUGAGAAUCUUCAAAGUAGCCACCCUUUGCCUUGAUGACAACUUUGCACACUCUUGGCAUUCUGUCAACCAGCUUCAUGAGGUAGUCACCUGGAAUGCAUUUCAAUUAACAGGUGUGCCUUGUUAAAAGUUAAUUUGUGGAAUUUCUUUACUUAAUGUGUUUGAGCCAAUCAGUUGUGUUGUGACAAGGUAGGGGUGAUAUGCAAAAGAUAGCCCUAUUUGGUAAAAGAACAAGUCAAUAGUAUGGCAAGAACAGCUCAAAUAAGCAAAGAGAAAUGACAAUCCAUCAUUACUUUAAGACAUGAAGGUCAGUCAAUCUGGAAAAUUUUGAGAACUUUGAAAGACCUUCAUGGUCGAAUUUCUGCAAAGAAACCACUACUCAAGGACGCAGAGUAUGUGAACAGAGGAUCUCCUUAUGUGUGGUUCCCUCCUCCCAAGCAUGGAGGAGGUGUGAUUAACAAUUAUUUAAUAAAUUUUAGAAUAAAAUAAAGUAACAAAAUUUGGAAAAAGGGAAGGGGCCUGAAUACUUUCUGAAUGCACUGUAUUAGGGAUGCACCGUUAUGACAUUUUUGCCCGAUUCCAAUAACCAUAAUAUUUUCCUUGCCCAAAAAACGAUACCGAUAUUUAACAUUUUAACGGCCUUUUAAGUAUUCUAGUACAGUUAAAUAGUUGAAACACACACACACAAGUUUUUGUUGGCAUUUACGUACAGUGUCUUGCAAAACUAUUCAUCCCCCCCCCCUAGGAGUUUUUCCUAUUUUGUUGCAUUACAACCUGUAAUUUAAAUAGAUUUUUAUUUGGAUUUCAUGUAAUGGAUAUACAUAAAAUAGUCCAAAUUGGUGAAAUGAAACUUGUUUAAAAAAUAUAUAUAUGUAAAAGUGGUACAUGCAUAUGUUUUCACCCUCUUUGCUAUGAAGCCACUAAAUAAGAUCUGGUGUAACCAAUUACCUUCAGAAGUCACAUAAUUAGUUAAAUAAAGUCCACCUGUGUGCAAUCUAAGUGUCACAUGAUCUGUCACAUGAUCUCAAUAUAUAUACACCUGUUCUGAAAGGCCCCAGAGUCUAACACCACUAAGCAAGGGGCACCACAGAGAAAGCGGCACCGUGAAGACCAAGCUCUCCAAACAGGUCAGGGACAAAGUUGUGGAGAAGUACAGACCAGGGUUUUGGAUAUAAAAAAAUGAAAUUUUGAACAUCCCAU